CCUCCCACUGAGCCCGGAGCGGACCGACAGCCCGCCGCCCCGCACCGGCUCCGCACAUCGAGAGAGCUCCUUCUCCACACCAGGGAAGCCCCACCCACCUGAAGCCAAGAUGUCCAGUAAGCGGGCCAAGGCCAAAACCACCAAGAAGCGGCCACAGAGGGCCACAUCGAAUGUCUUCGCGAUGUUUGACCAGUCCCAGAUCCAAGAGUUUAAGGAGGCCUUCAACAUGAUUGACCAAAACCGAGAUGGCUUCAUCGACAAGGAAGACUUGCAUGACAUGCUGGCCUCACUGGGGAAGAACCCCACCGACGAGUACCUUGAGGGCAUGAUGAGUGAGGCCCCGGGGCCCAUCAACUUCACCAUGUUUCUCACCAUGUUUGGGGAGAAGCUGAACGGCACAGACCCUGAGGACGUGAUCCGAAAUGCCUUCGCCUGCUUCGAUGAGGAGGCCUCAGGUUUUAUCCACGAGGACCACCUUCGGGAGCUACUCACCACCAUGGGAGACCGCUUCACAGAUGAAGAAGUGGAUGAGAUGUACCGAGAGGCACCCAUUGAUAAGAAAGGCAACUUCAACUACGUGGAGUUUACCCGCAUCCUCAAGCAUGGGGCCAAGGACAAGGAUGAUUAGGCCACCCCAGCCCCCCAGCCCCAGGCCCCUGUUCCACUCUCCUGCUCCCCACACUCACUG